AGUGAAACUGCAGACAGUAUGCAAGAUCAUGGAUAUCAGGGACAGAAAAAGAAUUCAGCGAAACUAUGAUUAUCUCAUCGAAGACAUGUCAGAUGUGUUGGACAAUGUCAUCGACUAUUGUUACUCUAAAGAAAUUCUGAGCGAAAGUUUGAAGACAUCUGUGAUGACAAGUGUUAGGAAAGAGGACAAGUGCAGGAAGUUUAUUGAUAUGUUUUUGAAGAAGAGGAUCUUGUGUAAGGAAGAGACAGCAUUUCAGGUUCUUUGUGAUGCGUUAGACAGAUGUGACUCAUCCCAUAUAAAGAAUACUUUGCUAGAGACAGAUGUGAAGGAUGUCACAGAAGACGAGGAAGUAGAAGAUGGCAGUUAUCAGUAUACCAGUCCUCAGGGAGGAGAAAGUGGGGAUGCUGGUAGACAAAAUACUGUGAUUAACAUCACAAACAGUAAAGGUUUCCAUAUAGGAAACCAGAAGGUCAUCAAUUUUUACUAUCCCUCCAAACCAAAGCCAUGAAACCAUGCAGAAAGCAGGGACAGUUGAUAGUGGACAUUGGAGGUCAUUGAAAAUAUGUUCUUUAAAUUGUGAUGCUGAAACACCAUGAAGAAAAAUUUAGAUGAGUUGUGAUGUGGGGUAAACUUUGGCAGUUUACCACUGGCCAUUGACAGUAUAUGUAUGUGUAAAUAAAAAGUAACCCUGAUGGAAACAAUAGCUUGCAGGGUGGAGCAUUAAACUGGAGCAUGCAACAUCAGGCUGAUGUUUGUAACAUGAGACAGGACAGUGUAACAUGAGACAGGACAGUGUAACAUAAGACAGGACAAUGUAACAUGAGACAUGACAAUGUAACAGGAGACAGGAAGGUGUAACAGGAGACAUGACAAUGUACCAUGAGACAUGACAGUGUACCAUGAGACAUGACAGUCGAACAUGAGACAUGACAGUGUAACAUGAGACAAGACAGUGUAACAUGAUACAGGACAAUGUAACAUGAGACUGGACAGUGUAACAUGAGACAGGAUAAUGUAACAUGAGACAUGGCAAUGUAACAUGAGACAUGACAAAGUAACACGAGACAGGACAGUGUAACAUGAGACAGGACAGUGUAGCAUGAGGCAUGACAAUGUAACAUGAGACACGACAGUGUAAUGUGAGACACAACGGUGUAACUUGAGACAAGACAGUGUAACUUGAGACAGGACAGUGUAACUUGAGACAGGACAGUGUAACAUAAGACACGACAGUGUAGCAUGAGAAAGGACAGUGUAACAUGAGAUAGGGCAGUGAAGCAUAGAACAGAAAAGUGUCCAUGGAACAGGAAAGGGUGAUGUGACCGAGGACAGUGUAACAUGAAACCAAAAAGUGUAACUUUAACUUCAUGUAGGAGAGUGUAACAUGAGAGAGGAGAGUGUGAAAUGAGAAUAAGGAGAGUGUAACAUAAGAUUAAGUAUAACAUUUGACAGGAGGGUUGAACACAAGACUGUAACAUGAUAUGGGGUUGUGUAAUAUCUGAUUGUGACUACUCACUCGCAGAUGUAAGACUGAAGUGUUUCUGCUUGAAGCAAAUCCGACAUCAACACUAUGGCCACCAAAGAAAACAUCUAUGGUGUGAUCUGGCAUUGAUUCCACAAAGCCAUUUCUGACCUCAAUCACCAUUUAAAAGGUCAUAAUAUAAACGUUACUUUUUUUAACAGGAUAUUGAAAUUUGGACAGAUUUAAUAAUUUGUCUACAGAUACGGUUAUUAUUUUUUUCAGAAUUCUACCCCAAAAAUAACUUAAAAUUGUGUUUUAAAUUUUGGCAAUGGCUUUGUGGAAUUGAACCCUGAUGCUAUUCAUGAUGGUGAUUGCAUCUAGUUAAAUUUUUUACGAAUAUUUUGUCAUAAUAGGGCUUGGAAACAUUUAUGGCUUGUCUUAUGUAAACUGCAGAUAUCUUUUUCCUCAUACUUCAUAUUUUUGUUGAGCAAUAUGAUAAUGAUAUGUAAUGGGCUCUUAAUGAAAAUAAAGUAAAGAAAAAUAUGCCAGAUACUAAGUAAAUGCUAAAAGCAGUAAGUACUAAUCGUAUAUUUUGGCAAUAAAAAUAUGGUUUUAAUGAUGGCAUCCCCUUUUAAAAGGACGCGCUUAAAAAGUUUUUUUAUUGAGCUUUUUAAAAUUUUUUGCUUGAUGUUAAUGUACAUGUAUUUUAAAUCCCUGACUCAAGACAAUUAAAGGUUUCUUUGGUUUUACUUCAUCAGUAAACCUGUCAUAUAAAAGAAUUCCUGAUCGUGUAUGGCUGAGCACACCCAUCACAGAAUUAAAUCAAUAGUUCAAUCCCAGUUUCAUCUGGGCUGCCUGCAGCUUCAUGUCGGGUAGUAGAUGAUGUGAAGUGAUUUCCUCUGGGCUCUGGUUUCCCUGACUCACAAUGCUGUCAUAUAUAAUAAGUGAAAAACAAAAUGGCGCUAAGCAUUAAUUGCAUAAAUGAGGAAUGCAUUUAAAUUUACAUUUUUAUGAUGUCACAUGUUCUCAUGGAUCUUAGGAAAUUAAUGAUACAUGUAUUACUAAUAAAUAUCUGUUUAUUUGUUACUCAAGUUAUUUGAAAAGAAAUAGGCUUGUUUAUUACUAAUUAGUAGCAACUAUUUUGUUGAUAUUUUUCUUAGUUGUAAAAAAAAGAAUAUAUAACAGAUAUGAAUGAAUGUUAAAUGAUCUAAUUUCAAUACAGUUUUAAAUUCUGCACUGCUGUCUCUGUUGUUUGUGAACAUUGGUGAUUUAAAGAGGAGUGUGUAUUGUUAUACUUCAGAGUAUUUUCUUGAGGUUUUGUUCUUGUGGUGUGUGGAAGAACACACCAUAUAGUAAAUAUUUGUUGUGAAUGAAGCCCUCAUCACCCCUGUCUGCCAAAAUGGUUUUGCGCUUAGGCAACCGGAAUUGGGUGUGAAUUGCUUAACCCCUGGCACGGGGAAGGGAGAUCAGUGACGACGAGUUGGUGUACCGGGUA